ACUGCGCUGCGCUGCUCGUCUCGGCUGCGUUCUCACUGCGGCCACGCCACGCGGCUCCGCUACAAGUAGUGGAGUUGCAUUUGCAUCGAUCUGCAUGGCCGUGGAGGAGGGGAGGAGGAGGUGAAGCGGAUCGGGUGGGGGGCAAUGGCGGUGGAUGGCGGCGGCGGCAAGGCGCAGGUGGUGGCGGAGGUGUGCGCGGCGGCAGCGGCGUUCUCCGCCUGCCCGCACCGGCGCCGGUCCCCGCGCCGCCCGCCCUUCGUCGACUGGUACCUCGUCCUCGCCGUCGCCGAGGCCGCUCCCGAGGACGCCGUACGCCGCCGGUACCGCCAGCUCGCGCUGCAGCUGCACCCGGACAAGAACACGCACGCCAAGGCGGAGGUCGCAUUCAAGAUCGUCUCCGAGGCGCACGCGUGCCUGACCGACAAGGCACGCCGGCGAGCCUUCGACGACGAGCGGGCGGCCAGCUACUGCGCCGCGUGCCACGACAGGUUCAGGCACCGCGCGGAGAGGAGGGCGGCGCCGGCGACGUCGGCCAGCGGCGCGCACGGGAAGCAUCGCGGCGGGACGAGGAGGACGCCUGCGGCAACGCAGGCGCUGCGGGAGGUGCAGAACCGGCUCCGGGACGAGUGCCGGGUCAUCGACAGCUGCCUCAGGGCCAACGACGCCGGCGCCGGCGCGCGGCGGCGCCAGUCGUUCCCGCUCUUCGACCCGUCCGACCGGCACCGGUUCCCCGGCUACCCACACACGCGCCCGCCGCCACUGUUCGCCGGCUUCGGCGCGGCGGCGGAGUUCUGGCGGUUCGAGGAGAAUCUCGGCGCCGUCGAUCAAAAGUGUAGAGGCGGCAGCGGCGAGUCGCCGGUGUACGAGAUCAGAACCGCGCCGGAGCGAUCGACGAGAACAAGGCGUCAUUGGUGACGACGAACUGACGAGUGGCAGAUUUAGCUUCCUUCUUUCUCUGAAAGAAUCGUUCGUUUGCAUUUUUUUCAGAUUGGUUAACUUUCUGUACUUUAUUUUACGGCAACGUAAAAAAGGAACACAGUGAAUUUCCCAGAUUUUGGAUCAUCCGCAAGGGUUUGAAAAAUCCUUUUUUAGGAUUCCCAUUAUUCAGGGGGCAAAGGUUAUUCAAAAGAACAGCACCGUGAUUGAGCCCGUGUUCUUGUCUACAAAUUUUUGAUUUUUUACGGACCUAAAUAGUAAAUAGUGUGUU